UUGUUUAUCUCCACUUGGACAAGUUGAGGCGUGUGACGAAAUGGAAGCCACGCAGAUGAUCUGUGACUCAAUGUUGGAGUCAGAUGAGGAAGAAAAUGAAGAGAGCAAUGAAAAUGAGAGGGGACGACCAGUGGCCAAACUGUGCAUCUUAAAAAAUGCACAUAUCUCCGAGAGAGAAUUGCCCCUCUUUUUGGGAGAUAAUGUGCUGGGCCGUGACCCCAACACCUGCACCCUGCCCUUGUCGGCGGCCUCAGUGUCCAAGCAGCAUGCAACCAUCUGCAUCUCAGUCUACAAGAGCAGAGGUUGUGACAAGGAAGCUGAGAUGGAGGCUUUGCUUUGGGACCUAGGGAGUAUGAAUGGGACCCGUAAGGGCCGCUUAAAGCUGACUCCUAAUGUGCGCUAUGCCCUCAGUGAAGGUGACAGGUUGGUGUUGGCGGACAUCCCUUGUCAGUAUGUCAUCAGUGGUGUGGACUCAGUAGUCUCUUCUCAAGAGGACACGAGGACUCCAGUGAGCAGAAAUCCAGGUGUGAAGGCCAGGUUGCCAGAUGAUUCGACAGUAAGCGAAGGUGACACAAGCACUGGCAGCAAAAAAUGUGUAAAUGGAGAUACAAAACCCAGGGUUUCGCCGAAGAAGACUCUUGUCAGCACGAGUUGCCUGUCCUUUGAGCAAACUCCAACACAGCCACAGAAGACCUUGGUCCCAGAAUCUGACUCGGACUCAGAUGGCGAAACAGUGGGAGGAGGAGAAAGAAGACGAGUGGCUCUUGUGUCCGAUUCAGACUCCCAAAAAUCCAGUCCCACUUGUUCUACAUUCCUGAGUCCCACAAAUAAAGUCGUCCCUGAAAGUGAAGAUGAAAGUCCCAUCACACUGUCAUCCUCCACUAAAAAUAGACCAUGCAAACAUGUCAACCUCAGCACUGAGGAGACAGAAGUAGAUGUGGGGCGACAGCAGCUGAAGAAAAAAAAGUCACUUGAAAUUGCGGAUGACAGUGAAUCGGAGGAAGAAGGAGCAGCACAAGGAGGGACAAAGUCUAAGGAAAGUGGACAACAUGUGACAGUGAAACACAAAAGCAAAGGUUAUGCAGGGGAAGAUGGAUUGCCUGUGUCAACGCCAGCAGUCUCCACAGAUGACGGUCCUGCAUUUAACAUUGAUAGUGACACUGAUAUGGAGGAAGAGGAGGAAGGGCUUGUGUCUGCAGGGCCUUUAACUUUGAAUACAAACCAACACGUUGAUCAGCCACCAAAUACAGUUCAGUUUCACAUGGACAGUGAUACAGAUAUUGAAGAGGAUGAGGAUGUCCAAGUUAAAGCUCCCAAAACCCUGCCCUCCUCUAAUGAGACCACCAAACCUUCUCGCUGUAGUUUAGUCAUUCAGCCAGAGGACAUCGGCAUAGACAGUAACACUGACGUGGAUGAGGAUGAUGAUGUUUUGGCAGAUGCUGCCAUGAAAGCAAAACCAACAUCAUUUAAGUCUGCUCGGACAGCUGACUCUGCUUCUUCAAUGCAGCUGCGAGAUUUCCACCUAGACAGCGGCACAGAUGUUGAUGAUGAGGAGGAAGAAGAAGAUAAAUCUGCAGAAAGACAUGAAAACUCAAAAACAGACGGAACGCUCAGCAAAUUAGAUGUGAAAGUCAUAGGGCCUGAAUCUGCCCCUGCUGCUCCCACAGAUGCUGAAACUGUCCCUGCCUCUACCAUCAGAGAACCCACAGCAGUUGUUGCCGUCAGAGAAUCGUGCACCAUUGCAAAUGCAGGGGCUGUUUUGGAUACUCUGUCUGACAGUGAGACAGAUAUGGAGGAUAAUUCUCCUGUGGGUAUACCUGCUGCUGUCACAACCUGUCCAGUCUUUCCUUGUAAAACGUCAGAGGCUCGUCACUCAGAUUCAGAUGCAGACACAGAUGUGGAUGAAUCUAGCAUGCCCCCUGCUGGGAACAGGGCCAAUCCUGCUCACCUUAGAGUGGGCGGUGAUAAAGAUGAAGUGGAGGAUAAGGAGGCUGACAUUGAAGAGGCUGGGGAGGACCGGAUUCCUCACCUGGACAGAGAAAAUACACCUGGGUUUCUGGUUCCCAUUCUACAGAACUGCUCUACUCCUGUACAGCUGUCAGCUGCAGUCGCGCCUGCUGUAUCACCUGUAGGAUUGUCUUCCUCUUCCGACACCCAGGAGGAUGCAGACUUUGCUGAGGCUGAGACGCAGCCCUUUGUUCUUCAUUGCCACAGCAGUGUGGACAAGCCUCAAGCCUCCUUUGAACUUGAGGCUUCUGGUGACAAAGAAGAAGAGGAGUCCAGCAGCAGGAGGGAAUCUUUACAGCUGAGAUUGUCUGACAGCAGUCACCUGCAGUGUCAGAACCAAGCUCUAGCCACAGAGUGCACUCAAGCUUUUGUCUCUGUGGAAGGGAAUGUGAUUUUGGAAGAUGCCCAGUCGUCAGACGGACUCUCUGCAGAGAAUGACUCAAACUUGGAGGCUACGCAGGCCUACGCAGAAAAUGAGGAUUCUGCCAGAUGUUCAGUUGCAUUUAAAAAAGAAGAACGUCAUGUCGAUUUUGCCCUAGAAGCAACACAGGCAUAUAUUUCAGCACCCUACAGUGAUUCAGAUGACGACACAAACCAAGACGAAGGACAGAACACUGCUGAUGCUGAGACUCAACCCAUCGCAUCUACGCUUGCCUUUGCUGAAACCCAACCGAUGCCUUCCUUUGUCGAAGAGACGAGUUCGGCAACAGACAAUUCUGUGUGCUCUGUACAGCAAGUUCCCUCCAAAACACAGAUUGAAACAGAAGAGAGGGAAGAAUAUAAGGAAGAUGCUCACCCUCAGCAGAGGCACAUCAGUGAAGCUCAGUGUAUGGCCGCAACUCAACCGAUCUGUGCAAGCAGCAAUGAAGAAAGUGAUGAAGAUUCAUUUCCAGGUCUACAAAAAAGAAAAGCAAAGCCGCUGCAGCUCGAAGAGGAACAAACACAAAGCCUCACUCAUUCUGGUGCUGAUCAAACUCAGGCCAUGGCUACAAGUGAAGAUGGUGAAAGUGACGAUACGGACUGGAUGCCAGGCCCACGAAAACACAAAACGAAGCAACUUGAAGAGACACAGUCUCUCACAAAUUCUGAAGUCUCCACUGUUGAAUCCCAGUCUUUACGUACAUGUGCUGGUGAGCAAAGUGAUGAAGAGAGCGUGAUUCCUUGCCGACGAAAAAGGAAAGCAAACUCAUUGCAACUUGAAGAUGAGCAAACGCAGCCCCUCACUAGUUCUGAUGUCUCUGCUGUUGAAACUCAGCCAAUUGUGACAAGUGAAGACAAGGACAGUGAUGAUGAUGACUCAGUUCCAGGUCCACCAAAAAGAAAAGUAAAUCAGCUUCAUGUUGAAGAAGAGAAGACACAACAGCUCCUGAAUUCUGAACCCUCUGCUGCUGAAAACCACCCCACAGCUACACGUGAAGAUGAUGAUACAGACUCGAUGCUGGGCCCACGGAAACGGAAAGCAAAGCAUCUUGAAGAUAAGACACAGCCCCUCACCAGUUCUGAAGUCUCUGCUGAUGACGACUCUACUCCAUGUCGGCCGAAAAGAAAAGCUAAGUUGCAAUUUGAGGAAGAGAAGACCUCUACUGUUGAAACUCAGCCUUUAAAGACAAAAACUGGCCGAACGCCUCGGAAAGGAAAAGAGACAGAAUGUAAAACAGAAACCACUCGAGCCAGUGUUAGAAAUGUAAGAAAAUCAACUGCAAAAUCAAGAGAAGGGGACGAGCAGGCAGAGUGUUCUGUACCACCAAGGAGACAGACAAGAGGUGAGAAUAAAACCUUGCAAAGUACAGAAGAGAUCAGUGAAAAAUCCAGGUCUGAUGAUGAUGAUAACAAUGAGGAGGCAGUAAAGCAGGCUAAGCAAACCCGAGGAAAGAAAAAAGUGAGUAAACAGAAAGAUGACGAUGAGCAGAAAGAAAUGCUUGAAAUAGAAAGAAACAAACAUGCUGUAAAUAAAAGUCUAAUAAACGAACAAAAAGAAGGGAAACAACAAGAGAGAGAUAAACUUGAGAAUGAAGGGAAGGAGACUGAAAGAAUGGAAAAUAAAUGCCAAGCAAGGCUGGAAAGUGGAGCAAUGGAGAGGGAAGAAACUGAUAACUUGGAUAAAGAAAAAGAAAAACAAUCAAAAGAAAAAGAACUACAAGAAAACAAGGAGGAAGUGGACAAGCCCAAAGCGCCUACAAGAGGUCGAAGAGCUACCAGAGCUAGGGCUUCCCAGCAUGCAACACAGCAGGAACAAGAAUCAACCAAUGAUGAUUUCCCAUCAAGGAACACCAGAUCUCGCUCAAACUCCUCCAACUCAGUCAGCUCGGAGAGGUCAGCCUCAAGUUCCAACACCCAGGAGGGCAAAGGACGGGGCAGAGGGAGAGGAGCCAGGACGAGCAGUACGUCACCUCAGGCAGCCGCUGUCAGAACUAACCAUCGAAGAACAACGGCGGCUGCAGUGUCGACAGAACAGGAGGUUUUCGACUGCAGCAUGACGCCUGUAAGCAGAGGAAGAACAGGUAGGCUACAGGGAAGAGGGAGGAGAACAGAACCUGCCCCAGACUCCAUCCCUGCUGCUGUUGGUCAGAGCGAUCAGGAUUCAUCUCCUAAACCGACAGCCAGAGGCAAGAAGAGCAGGAAACCAGAGGGAUCCUCCAGCAGUGUUCUCCAUGAAAAUGAGAAAGAGAAGGCAGACUCUCAGCAGACUAGGACCACAAGAGGGCGACAGCAAACCAGUGCAAGUGGUUCUGAACAUGCAGCUGCAGAUGAGACAACUCAAGAGGAAGGAUGUGUCAGUGAGGAAUCACUUUUGCCUAAAAGGAAUGUCAGGGGCAGGAGUCAAAAGGCAACAAGGAGUGAAGCUGUGGAGGGAUCAGUCGCUUCUACAGUCAAUAAUGAGGAUGAGGCUAAAGACAAAAGAAAAGGAAGGAAAACUGAAUUGAAGGCAAAUAUAGAAGCAGAUUGCAGCAGCAGCACUAACGUUUCCAAAGCAAAGGAUAAAACCGAAAAAACAGAAGCAGCGGACGAAGAUGGGGAGGAUAAAACAAAAGAUGAGAUUCCUGCUGCUAUCCAAGUGAAGAGAGCGGGUAGGGCACCCAGCGCUCAAGCAAAGAAGAAUGCAAAAGAUUUACCUCCUGAAGUGAAGGAGAAAGAGAGUGAGAAAAUAAAAGUGGACACUGUUGAGAAGAGACCCAGAGGUUCGCCUUCAGCAUCCCGCAAAGAAAGAAAGAAGAAUAAAGGGGUGGAAGAAAGUGAAACAUCCGUCACUUCCAUGAACCAGAGUUCAAAUGAGGAAGCAACAGAGCCCCAGACGCCAGUGGACCGUGUGUCUCGGAAGCGACUAACUUCUCCAGAAUCCGUUCUCGUGGCAAAGACUCCUCGCUGCUCCUCUGCUUCCCCGACACCUGGUGGUCGACCACGAGUUUCAAGCCUGGCCUACAAGGUGCUGUUCACAGGGGUGGUGGACGAAGCAGGAGAGAGAGUGUUGGCUCGUUUAGGAGGCAGCAUGGCUAAAGGUGUAGCCGACAUGAACUGUCUGGUGACCGAUAAAGUGCGCAGGACUGUCAAAUUCCUAUGUGCUGUGGCUAAAGGCGUCCCGAUCGUCACCACAGAGUGGCUGGAAAAGAGUGGUAAAGCCGGAAGCUUCCUGUCUCCUAAUGCUUUUGUUGUGAAGGAUCCAGAGCAAGAAAAGAAGUUCAGUUUCUGCCUGCAGGAGUCUCUGAGGAUUGCUAGCAGUCAGCCUCUCUUACAGGGAUAUGACAUCCAUGUCACAAAGUCGGUGAAGCCAGAGCCAGCUCAGAUGAAAGACAUCAUUUCCUCAAGUGGAGCUAAUUUCCUACCAAAGAUGCCCACCACUAACAAGCCUCAGACUGUGGUGAUUUCCUGCGAGGAGGACCGGUCGCUGUGUCGUCCGGCUGUAUCCGCAUCUCUCCCCGUGGUCUCUGCUGAGUUUAUCCUCACGGGGAUCCUACAGCAGAAACUUGAUUUUCAGAACCAUAUGCUCUCUCCUCCUGCAGCGAACCUGCAGCCCUCUGCAGGGGGCAAAGGAAGGGGCAGGAGGAAGACUUAGCACUGCUGUGGUGUGCUAUUGAAGACCUGCACCACUGCGCGUGUCACCAAAUUGGCCUUAGUGGGCUCUAUCCAUCAUUUGUAGACUCCCUUUUAACUUUUAGAUUGGUGGGAACAUUUAUGAGUCAGCUGCUCGUCUAGAUUUAAGAAUGUAUUUGUCAUAUGCAGCAAAAGCUUGUUGCUCUCUUGAAUGUAAACACAUUGCGUAUGUACACAGUUAGUACCAGAAGUAUGUGUGUUAUUUUACUGACAGCUGGCAAAUGUUUCCAAAUUUAUUUUACACUUUACGAAAGAAUGAUGUGACAAACAAAAUACGGGGAGCUAACCAGACAGACAAGUUUUGGAUGGAUGGUGAAAUCUUUCCAUAAUCCUGUUAAGUUCUUUCAGUCUCAUCUUCUUAUCUACAUGUGAAAAAAUGCAAUGUUGCAAAGCUAUUAAAGGUAGAAAAUACUGUUGCUGCUAUGCAGGGGGAGAAAAACCUGCUCCCCAUUUCCACAAUGACACCAACAAGCAGCGUAUAAACUACUGCUGCUGCUGAACUGCUGCUCGUCUCUACGUCUACCAGCCAGUUUGGCAGGUGACUACCAUGAACAGAGAGCCAUAGAAAUCAUGUCUGGACGGGAGAGUGGUGGAGCUGAUGGGGUUUGUUUUGAAAUCCCUCAGCUGCGUUGGUCAGUCUAUGAAAAAAAAAAAAAAAAAAAAGUCUAUGAAAAAAAAAAAAAAAAGCUUGUUUACUGUCUCAAUAAGUGCAUGGUAGCUUUUAUACUGAGAUAAACAUGAACCUCGCCAUGUUUGUUGUGUCCAUCGUCUCCAUUAACCACCUACUCCAUUAAGACUUCAUCCAAUCCUAUUGCCUUCAGGGAAAGUGAAACACAAUUAUAGGUAACUGACUGCUGAUGCUGCUUCUCCAUCAAUAUCUCAUGGCGUUUGUCCUCGCCGUCCAUUUAUGAACCGUCCGGCCACUUAUUGCAUAUACAUGUUUCAGAAGUCACAUUUCUGUUAUGACCCAGUGUAAACUUCAUCCAAGCUGUCCCUGGUGUUUUAACGAUGGAUUCAUUAGCUUGUAACUUUUACAACUGUUAACCAGCUAAUGACUUAUAACAUUUACUAAUGGAAACAAUAAAUCAUGUCUCUUACUUGUAACUAA